AUGGCAUAUCCAAUUUGCCGGGAUGGGCCCCAUGUCACAAAAGCCCAGGACGAAGAAAUAUUGAACCACUUUCUUAGUUCUAUCCCGUUCCAGAGAACGUGGAGUCCGGAUCCUUCAAUUGAAGAGAUUGUUCGAUCCCACUGUCUUCGCCAUGGCUUUGAUACAGCAAAGACAUAUCAAAUUGCUAAACACGGCGCCGCGGCUGCGCAAUGGUUCUACCCGAAACACCCAAAGGAGGUGCAAAUAGCCAUCGGACUAUUCAAAGCAUUUUUCUUCACGGUCGACGACUUUGGAGACAAAAUCCUUCAUGAGGUGCGCAAUUUUCGGCGGGCAAUAGUGGCUAGAGCAGAGCAACCCCCGGUUCUUCAAUCCUUUGCAGAACUCUUACCCACUUUCGAUCAAUAUUAUGAUGCGUUUUCGGCUGAUAAAAUAUUCACUGGCCUUAUUGACUUCAUGGACUCUUGUGCCAUGGAAUUCGAAACCUCGGGGAAGUUCAAAGCGUUAGACACAUCUCCGAACUUCCCACGCGGAUGUCAACGACCUUCUUUCCUUCUACAAGGAAUCAAUUGUCUCGAACGAGCGAAAUAA